AUGGGUUCCUCUCGAUUUCUCAAGCUUUUACUAAACCCAUCCCAAAACCCCUUCUUUCGUUUCUCAAAUUCUCAAACUAGAUUACCCACAAACCUUGAUCCCAGUCUUAGUUUCUACAGAACAAUCCAUGGCACUCUGUACAAAACCCAAGUGCUUGAUGAGGCCAACACCCACCACAUCACCUUUGAGGCUGAGAAAAUCAGCAAAAUUCUAUCCACCCCCAACUCCAAUUCUCCCAUUGAUAGCUUACUCGCCGGCGCCUCAGUCAAGGUGUCUCCAACACUCGUCGUUGAGGUCUUGAAGAAGCUCAACAACGCCGGCGCUCUCGCUCUCUCGUUUUUCCGGUGGGCCCAGAAGCAAAAGGGGUUCAAGCAUUGCACGGAGAGCUACAAUGCUCUGAUUGAAGCUCUAGGGAAGAUCAAGCAGUUCAAGAUAAUAUGGGAUUUGGUGAAUGAAAUGAACAACGAAGGCCUGCUCAGCAAAGACACUUUCGCUUUGAUUUCGCGGCGAUAUGCGAGGGCAAGGAGGGUUUCUGAUGCCAUUAAGGCUUUUGAGAAGAUGGAGAAGUUUGGGAUCAAGUUAGAAGGGUCUGAUUUCAAUAGACUGAUUGAUACUCUGAGCAAGUCGAGGCAGGUUGAGAAAGCACAGGAGGUGUUUGAUGAAAUGAAGCAAAGAAGGUUCAAACCUGAUAUUAAGUCUUAUACUAUUUUGCUGGAAGGUUGGGGUCAGCAACAGAAUUUUUUGAGGUUGGAUGAGGUUUAUAGAGAAAUGAAGGCUGAAGGGUUUGAUCCGGAUGUUGUGACUUAUGGUAUUUUGAUCAAUGCACAUUGCAAGGCAAAGAAGUAUAACGAGGUGAUUGGAUUGUUUCGAGAGAUGGAAGCCAAGAAUGUGAGGCCUUCCCCUCAUAUCUUCUGUAUGCUGAUUAAUGGGUUAGGCUCGGAGAAGAGGUUGGCUGAAGCUCUUGAGUUUUUUGAACGGUUCAAAGCUAGUGGUUUAGAAGCGGAGGCGCCUACUUAUAAUGCUGUUGUUGGAGCUUACUGCUGGUCAAUGCGGAUGUCUGAUGCGUUUAGGGUGGUGGAUGAGAUGAGAAAAUGUGGGAUUGGUCCUAAUUCUCGAACCUAUGAUAUAAUCUUGCAUCACUUGGUUAAGCAUCGAAGAACUGAACAAGCUUACUCGGUAUUCCAGAGAAUCAGUAGGGAGCCUGGCUGCGAACCAACAGUAAGCACAUACGAAAUCCUAGUGAGGAUGUUUUGCAACGAAAAUAGAGUGGAUAUGGCAUUACAGGUUUGGGAUCAGAUGAAAACUAAAGGCGUCUUGCCACGAAUGCACAUGUUCUCCACAUUGAUCAACACCUUGUGCCAUGAGAACAAAUUAGAUGAGGCUUGCAGGUACUUUCAGGAUAUGCUAGACAUGGGUAUUCGGCCCCCAACACAAUUGUUUAGUAACCUAAAGCAAGCCCUUCUUGAUGAUGGGAGAAAGGAUGCUGUCAUAAGUUUCGGCUUGAAGAUUGAGAAACUGAGAAAAACCCCACUAGCUGCAUUGAGCUAAAGAGCGAUAAACACGAGUUAAGUGGGAGGAGAAUGUCAGGAGGAGAUUACAGUACCUAAAAUUUAGUUCUCAGCUUUCAACACUAACCUUUUAAUAUUGGGAGGAGAAUGUCAAGAGGAGAUUACAGUUUGAACUCCAAAAUGUUGUGGCUUCAUGGUCUUAAAAGUCAUGAUUUUCAUGUUCUACGAAAUGAUACCAUGAACUAUAGGUGCUUGUAAGGGAAGCUUUGUGGGGAAAAAGCAUUUGUGGCUCCGGAAAGAUGAGAAGUCAGUCGUUUUUGUGUUUGUUUUGAUGAGUGUCCU